CGCGCAUUUCUUCGAUCCUUCCCUCUGUUGUCCUGUUUAUAAAUAGUAGCUCAGUUUGAUCAAUUAAUUCGCAGGGAUUUGUCGAUUUCUUCUUCCUAGGCUUCAUCGCACAAAACGUUGGUAUCUUCCGGCUCUGUUCUUUCUUCGAGCCUUUGAGCUUUCAUCUCUGUGUGAUUCCUUCUCCGCCUGCAAAAAAAAAUUGUGAUUUUGAUCAUUUCGAGCGAUUAAGCUUUGGGCUUUUUAAUUUCUCCUCCAUCUUCGUUAAAGUUGUGGCUUUUGAGUUCGGUUCCGGUUUUUGAAGUUUUUUUUGGAAAAAGGUGUAUUUUUUUAGUUCGAUCGGGGAUGACACGGAGGGGAAUACGUGGUCUCUUCUCCUCGAAGCAGCGGCAGCACGACCGCCGGCCGGCUGAUCGCUCCGUUUCGCCGUCCCGCCGCACUUUCUCCGACACUAUCAUGGAGGAAAAUAUUGUCUCUGCCGAGGAGAUCAUCGGCCGUUGGGGCUCCGAGGUGGCCGGCUCCCUGUUCUCUGCCGCCGGCCGUCCCGACUCCGCCCGCUUCCUGCACGCAGCGUCCGACCUCCACCGCUCCAUGAUCUUCUUCUCCGCUCCCUCGGAGGAGUCCACCGCCUCGCGGGAGGAACGAUCAGCUGCGCUGUUCCGCGCGCACGAUCUCCUCGCCGCCGCCAUGCGCCGUCUCGAGCGCGAGAUGCAUCUACUCCUCUCCGCGCAUCACUUCGUCCUCAACCCCGUCCGGUUCCGCCCGCAAUAUGCCUCCUCUUCUGAUGCCUCCGAUGUCGAGGAUGGCGCCGAUGCUAUUUCCGAGCUGGACGCCGGCGACGAGGCCAUGCGAGACCUCGGAGCAGUGGCCCAGACUAUGAUCUCUGCUGGUUACGGCAAGGAGUGCGUAAACAUCUACAAAAUGAUGCGCAAAUCUUUCGUCGAAGAAUCCAUCUACCGAUUGGGGUUCGACCGCACGAAAGCACACGUCCAGAAGCUCGACUCAACGGCGCUCGAGUCCAAAAUUCGAUCUUGGCUUGCCGUCUUCCCUGUCGUAUUCAAAACGCUCUUCUCCGGCGAGCGCUUCCUCUGCGAUCAUGUCUUUGCCGGCUCCGAUCCAAUUCGCGAGUCCUGCUUCGCGGAUAUCACUGCUGAUAUCGCCGCCCGACUACUUGCCUUCCCCGAGUCGGUGGCUCGGUCGAAGAGAUCGCCGGAGAAGCUUUUCAGACUCCUGGACCUCUACGACGCCGUCGCUGAGCACUGGCCGGAGAUAGAGACUCUUUUCGCCUUCGAAUCCACCUCUCCGGUUCGGUCGCAGGCGGUCACGUCCCUCCUCCGGCUGGCGGAGGUGACGCGGUCGACGCUGGCGGACUUCGAGGCGGCCGUCCAGAGGGAAGCUUCCAGGUCGGCCGUCCCCGGCGGCGACGUUCACCCCCUUACCCGCUACGUCAUGAACUACCUUGUCUUCCUUGCCGACUAUGAAACCGCCCUCGCCGACAUCUUCGCCGAUUUCCCCUUCCAGGCCCCAUAUCCUCUGCCCGAGUCCCUGUUCGACUCAGCGGCGGUGGCGACGCCGCCAGUAUCCACGCCCUCCUCCCCCACCUCCUCCACCGUGACCUCCUUCGAGGGAAGUCCGUGGAGGUCCUCCCCCUCUUCCGCCUCCGCUGUAGCAGGAUCGGUUUCCGUACGAAUAGCGUGGUUCGUUCUUGUCCUCCUCUGCAAGCUCGACGGCAAGGCGGAGCUGUACCGUGAGGUGUCGAUCUCGUACCUCUUCCUCGCCAACAACCUCCAUUACAUAGUGCGGAAGGUGAAGGAGAGCCGCCUGCGCAUCCUCCUCGGCGACGAGUGGGCCGCGCGGCAAGCAGCGAAGGCGAGGCACUACGUGGGGAGCUACAGGCGGCUCGCGUGGGCGAAGGUGGCCGAAGCGGUUCCCACGGAGCCGGAAGACAUGACGUCGGAGAAAGCGGCGGGGCGGAUGCGGCGAUUCAACAACGAGCUGGAGGCGGCGUGCAAGGCGCAGGCGGUGGUGACGGACGGAGGGAUGCGGGAGCAGGUGAGGGCUUCGGUGGAUAAUAUGAUCAUUCCGGCGUACCGACUCUUCUACGAGUUGUGCAUGGCGGCCACCGUCUCGUCGGCGGCGGUGCGUUUCUCGCCAGAGGACGUGAGAAACAUGAUCGAUGGGGUCUUCGCCGGUAAGAAUGGAGGCGGUUCGACCCAUGGUUCAUCUGGUUCCGGUUCAUCUCGUGGAUCAUCUGCUUCCGGCUCAGCUCAUGGCUCUGCAACCACCGGUUCACUAGGAGAAUCAAACCGGCCAGAAUAUAAUUAAAUAACUUUAUUACUGGAAGAAUAUACAAAACACAUGUAGAUUUAUAUGUUUGUAAAAUAUUUCUAUUAUAUACAAAUUAUACUUGUC